AUGGAUCCUAUCUCGGUUAUCUCCCUAGCCAGCUCCAUCGCUGGUUUAAUCGAUGUCACAUCGCACUCGAUUAUAAGUCUACUUAACCUUGCAUCGCGAUACUCUCGCUUUGGUCUCAAAAUCAGGCAAAUCGCCGGGCAACUGUCGACGCUCAAAGCGGCGCUGAAAAAAAUUAAGGAUCUCAUUGAGAUUAGCCAUGAUGAGGUACCUAGGAAAAACGGCGCAGCGGUUUUUGCCUUGGAUGAUGAGCAGCUAGUCUGUGAUCUCUUGUUGUCGAUUGAUUGCUGCGAGUCUGUCAUCAAGGUACUCGAUGAGCAACUGAGUCGGUUUCAGUUGUCGUCUCACUCUCAAUCAUCUGGGUUGAGUGAUGUGCGGAGCAAGGUGAAGUUUUUGUGGGAAGAAGGCGAUAUGAAUGAGUAUCAGGGCAUGUUGAACAAUCAGAUUAAUGCUUUGAACCUGCUUCUUACCGUAACACAAUGUGAAUCAUUGAUGGAACAAGGCAACGUUUUACGUAGGAAGUCAAGUCGGCUUGUCUUCGAACAGGUCAAAGACGAUACAUCCUCUCUCCUGCUGCAGAGAGACAGGGAGUCAUUUCUGAGUCGGCAGAGCUCUGCCAUAGAUGAUGGUGACUUUAUCGAUACGGAGUUCGGUUUUGACCGAGAUUUGUUCAGCUCAAAGGCCUAUCGCACUGUGGCAAUGUCGUCGAUGCGGCAGUCAAUUUUGCUGAAAAGAAAGAACAAGUCGUCGACUAUAAUAACGGCAGCUCCACCGGUUAAUACGCAGGAUGAUUAUGUAUCAGAUACCGCCAGCGCCGCUCAGGGCGACAGAAUUGAAGUCAUGGUAAAUAGUUCGUUGGCCGUGUCUUAUUCUCCUUUGCCCAAAAUCUCGGAACAGGCUUCGGAGGCAAAUAAGAAGCCCAAGACCAAGGCACCCUCAAAUGUGGCAUUGAGCAGUAAAAGCCACGAACGGAGGCCCAGUAGACUACUGGCUUAUCCUCGACUUGGCCGAAGAAUCGUAUCACCUCCAAGCGUUCAGCCAACAGAGAGUACGAUCAGCACAACCCAGCCAUCAACGGCUAAUCUCCUCUUACUUGGCUGCUCUGCCAGCGGUAAGUCUACUGCUGUGAAGGCAAUCCAUUUGGCCACUGGCCGCUUCAACGAAUACCCAAGUCCAACUCGAUUGGGUGUGGUUGAACGACUCGUCAGCAUGGUCGAGGAGAACAUUGUGGAUACAUCCCGUUCACCGGAGAUAGACCAGCUACGUAAACAAUGCGAAAAGGUUCGCGAGGGAUUGCAGAUAGUCAGAUACCGGUCUGGAUCGACUCAGACAGAAGACACAUUGCCUAAUGAACUCAAAGCGUUAUGGAACGAGGUGAAAGCAAGUGGACUUUUGGAUAAGCUACCUGCAAGUGUACUAGAUCAAAGGUGUUCUUACUUCAGCGAAGCCAUAGACCGAGUCACGCAGGAUGAUUAUACACCUAACAUCGAGGAUACCCUAUGGAACCAUGUCAAGACCACUGGUAUCUUCGAGAUGAGACUCGACAACCAAAAAACCGGCAAUAACAAGGACUUCAUGGAGGUCAAAAUUAUCGACGUAGGAGGCCGGCGCUCCGAGCGCAAGAAAUGGAUACAUACGUUUUCGAAUGUUUCUAUAUUAUUCUUCUUUAUCGACAUUUCCGGUUACGACGAGAGCUUGGCAGAGGAUGAGUACGGAAACAAGAUGCAGGAAAGCUUCAUGCUUUUCGACUCCCUUUCACAGGGUCGUUAUCCAGAGGUCUAUGGCGAGGAGGCCAAGGAGGACCUUCAUACCGUGGAAGGAGUGCGAGAUUACUAUACACGGCAAUUCCUGGAGUUGGCCAAGGUGUAUAAGAGCAGAUUGGUGUCUGUGCAUUACACCAGCAUUUACGAGCCUGCGGAGCUAGGGAAUAUUUUCCUUCAUAACGCAUACGCCGUACUUCAUAAUGCGCGUGCUGAUCCCGGAUCCUCCACAACGGACGUGAGAGAUGGAUGA